AUGACAACGUCGUAUCAGGGUGAGGGCGAGGACUGCGGCUUCUGGCACAAAGACCGCGAACGAAACUUUUGCUGUGGUCCUCCGCCCGACAAAUCGCCCUUCCUGCCCGUGCCGCUUGAGUACCUGUUCCCAUUAGAGCACCCACCCGAGGACAAGGAGGCCAAUACAAAGUUUGACCUCAAGGUCGACCCGACGUACGGCGGCAGCAGUGCCGUGCCCUUCUCUGAGGACCCCAACAACUCACCCUUUGGCUUCGUCAUCAUGGUCAGCCCUGGCGCGAUUCAGGUGACGCUGGACAGCCGCGACGGCUCGCACUCGGAGGCGAUUGACUGUUUCGACUCCGUGACCGAGGGCGACCACACAGUCCGUAUGCUGUGUACAAACCCAAGCGACAGCUUCAACUGCAGAAAGAUCCACCUCGGCCACGGCGCCCCUGGAACUAUUAUCCAGAUGCCCGACAGCUGCGGCCCGGGCAAGGUGCCGCGUGACAUGAGCGAUACGCUGCUGUGGAUCGAUUUUAGCAAUGAGCCCGAGUAUUUGGACCGCGUCGUCGAUGAACCCGCUCGGCGCAAGAAGGUUAAGCGGCGGGGCCUGAACGGCGUGUCCGGGAACGCAAAGCCCGAGUUCAAGGCCGAGACGAGCGUCAAUGUCAACGUCAACUACAGCUUGACAUUGAUUGCUAUCAUCGGCACCGACAAGCUUCUGCGAUGCCCGGAGUUCACUAUCGGCCCCAACUUUAAGCUGAUGGGCAGGCGCGAGGGUGAUGCGACACUAGGCGUCAGCUUCGAGGCCACGGCCAAGCUUGCUGAGUGGGAUACCCGGCAGACAUACCUGGCCGAGAACGACGAGUGGGUUCCCAAGAGCGACAAGAACCCCAAAAAUGACGGCACCCAUGUCCUCAAGGCGCCCGAGUUCAACUGGGACUUCACGCUCAACGUCUCUGAGCAAACGAGCAGAAAUUUACGGGCCGCUGGUUCCCCGCGUCUCGGGUCUGCUGUGUCUGGGCAACCUCGGCCUCCGUGCCUGCUCUGCGGUAGCGACAGCGGGCUAGGCAAGCGCGACGGCCAGAGGUGCAGCUACGAGCCAAUCGCAGACCCCACUUGUCCAGCCAACAGCUCCCUGACGCGGCGACUCGAGGAUCUCGGUCUCUACGACGACGUCCACGGCGUCUUCAAUAUUCCCGACCCUGAGCUGGCGGGCCACCUCGAGAAGCGCAAACCCGAAGAGAAAGUACUGACGUGGACGACCACACCGGGUCAAAGCCGAUCUGCCAUGCGGCCAUUACGAAACAUGCUGCACCACGGUCGGGUACGUUACGGAACACGUAUACGAGGCGCACCUCCUCACGCGAUUCACGGAGCUCCUAAUCGACGGCCACAACGGAGCACUCCCGGCCGGGCACACCAAGGCGUCGAGGCAGUGGGUGUCCGUCCGAGGCUGAUCGGGACCGGCGGCAACCCGCACAGAAGUCCCGGGUGGAAAGGCAGCAGCCUGUUCUUUGAGACGACGUUCGGCUUGGGAGGAAAUCACAACAAGCCGGGGCUGGCCCUCGCGUACAAGGUCAUGAAUAAUCGCAAAAAGACGCAGUUUGAAGAGGGCACUCUCGACUCGAGGGUCUCGGCCUCCAACCUCCAGAACAGGAAGGACCCCCGGGAUAUCUUUGGCGUGUUUUCCUACAUGAAAGACAAUGGCAUUCCGGGCUCGUCGAUGAGUUGUGGUUCUGUUAAUCACAAAAUCCCGAGUUUGUGGCCGCCGCUUGCAAUCAUGUCGGGUAUCGAGGCGGCCCUCGGGGCCGUCGGCACCAUCAAUACCGCGGCGGGCAUAGUCGGUCAGGGCUUCCGAGUGUACCGACUUGUGAAAAAGGUGCACGACCAGGUGAUUGAGGGUCCAGCCCAGAUGAGAGACUGGAUGGGUGAGAUUGAGACGCUCACGAGCAUUGCCAAGGAAAUUCGCAGUACCAGCGUGGCUCGGCUGGAUACGGAAGAUAUCGACAAGAUCCUCGUGAGGUGUAAGAGCCACAUGGACAAGCUUGAGAAGCUAUUCCAGCCCCUCUGCACCAAGGUUGAGCAGAGCAAGGCGCGUAAGAUAUGGAAGGCGAUUUGCACCAUCGAGCAAAGGGACGAUAUAAUGCAGAUAUUUGGGGCUUUGGAGAGGGAGAAGACGGCUCUCACACCACUCAUUACCCUGAGGACGUUCAACUAUAUCGAGUCCAAGAUCGAUGAGAUGAGGAUCUCUGGCGAGUCUUUGAGUGAUGAGGACUCCCAAAAAUGUAUCGCUGCUCUUUUCUUGGUCGACCCUACCGCAGUCAGGUCCGGUCUCCUGACAAACAAGGGCGACAUCGUCCAAGGAACCUGCGACUGGAUCGUCAACACUCCAGAAUUCUCCAACUGGGAAAGUGUGGAUGGUGGCAUACUUUGGAUCUCUGGCUGUCCCGGAAUGGGCAAGACGAUGCUGUCGAUUUUCCUUUCGCAACACCUAGAAGCAUCCACCUCGGCCGGCGUCUCAGAUUCCACCAAAUUUGAAGGGGAACAUCUUAUCACCUACUUUUUCUGUGACAACAGAGAUAAUCGCAGGAACAAUCCUGUCGCAAUAGUCAGGGGCCUACUGACGAUGCUUCUCCGCCGUUGCCCUGGCUUGAUUAAAUAUAUCGUUCCCAGCUUCAAGGUCCAAGGGACUCAGCUGUUUCAGCAAUCCUCUCUGGAGUCGCUCUGGAGCAUUUUUAUUGACAUGGUCAACGACCCGGGGAUCCGACGAGUCUCGUGCAUCCUCGACGGAUUGGACGAGUGCGAGCCAAUCAAGGCGCUCGAGACACUAUUGAAAAAGAUAAAAUCCGUCUCCAACAGCGCUCCCAGGCUAUCCAUCAUUGUCGCCAGCCGAGAGUAUCCCAAAUCUAUAGGUAAUGCCAUGCGCCAGGCGCCCAGAAUCCGUCUGGACCCGGAUCACAAGGCCGACGUUAACGAGGGGCUCGAGGCCUACAUAAACUCGUCUGUACACGAGUUUGGCCCAGACUCGGGAGGUGAUUUGCCACUGCAUGUUUGCCAGAGGGUCAAGGACACCCUCAAGGAACGCUCCAAGGGCACUUUCCUGUGGGUGAGCUUCGCCAUCGCAGACCUCCAAGGGAAGGAGGCGGCCGAGGUCGAAGAUUGCCUCGAGCAGCUACCCACGGGUCUGGACGACGUCUACGCGAGGAUGUUGGCACAGGUGGAAGCCAGUCGCCGAGAUAUUGUUCGAAGGAUACUCAGCUGGACCGUCUUUUCCAAGCGGCCACUGCGGCUUUCCGAGCUCGCCAGUGCUCUUGGUGUCCAGCCUAAAGGGGCGCUGACGAAAUUGGAAAUUAUCAAAAGCUACAUAGCCUACUGUGGGCACUUUUUAACUAUAUCCAAGCCCAGUGAAGAGGACAUGGAAAGUAUCAAGGGCAUGGCCAAGAAAAUCACAUGGCGGUGCCUUGCAAGUGAGGACAUCAUCCCCCUCAAGGAGCUGGAACUCAACCAUGUUGUCGAGCUUGUUCACCAGAGUGCAAAGGAUUUCCUCAUUGGGAAUUCGUCGGCGUUGGAUGGAAAUUGGUUUGCUCCCUUUAACCCUGACCUCGAGCAUGGUAUAAUGGCAUCCGCUUGCAUUUCGUGCCUUGAAGCUGAUGCGGUGGAGACCUUCACUCGAUUGAGGGACCGGCAUCAUGAGGUGGAUUGCUUUUACCAAGAUUUCCCUUUUGUGUUCAAAGGGCUACUGGGAUAUUCAUGCGAAAACUGGUUUGAGCACAUGGGCGCUGCUGGGGGCGACGAUAUCGACAGGAUCUUCGACCAACACCAAGGCAACUUCUUGAACCCUUGCUUGCGCUCUCCUUGCUUGAGAACCAAGCGAUUAUUAGGGACCUUCUCCCACUCGGACCUAAGCAACCCUGUGCUAAAUGCAUGGCUACGACUAAAGCAUUUUAAAAACUGGGAAAAAGCCUCUGGCAAUUACACCGAUGGCGACCCUACAAUAUUUGCCGUCUCAUGCUCGCUUGGUCUAGACUUUCUGGUCACAAGAAUACUGGAUAAACAGCGGCAUGAGAAGUUGGAUACAGAGAGCGAUGCUUCGUGGCGGGGCAACCACCCGCUUUCCUCGCCAUUAUUAGUCGCAGUUGUUUCGGGCGAAAUCGAGAUCAUCAAGAUCCUCGUCAAGGAGGGAGCGCCAAUCAACGGAGUGCUGAAGACUGACGGCGCAACCUACGUUCCGUUUUGGACCGCCGAUACAUUGAAAAUGAAGGCUUGUUUGCUCGCCUUGGGCGCAGAUCCGAAUACCAAGGCGCCACCAAUGCCCGACUGGGGGGAGCUUGACCAUUAUAGAUGCGAAGGAGCUUAUCCGUACACCAUAGCAGUCAGGUCUUACUUUCCUGACCUUUUGUCCCUCCUUAUCGCGCACGGGGCCGACAUGACGCUUACCAACGAAGGUGACAGCAACGCCAUGCACCUGCUCUUCAGCGAAAACGGGAAUUGGCAAUCCGAUCCGGAUCGUUGUAUUCACCUCAAGAGCUAUAUACGCCCACCGUAUGCUGCAUUAAAAACGUUUCACAUAUUGAUGGAGGCGCCUAAUGGCCCUAAGCUCCACCAGGGGGUGGACCUGUCGGGCAAUAAGCCGAUACACUUAGCCUUCUGGAGUAUGGAAUCUGAAUCGGGCAUACUACAGGAAUUACUAAAUCCGAAAUGGGGCCUCGAUAUCUGGGGGCCCAACUCGGAGGGCAACACGACACUGCACCUUGCCAGUCGCAGCGGAGGGACGGGCGAAGGUGUCAGGCUCCUGCUGGCGCGGGACGAUGUCGACGUAAACUGCAAAAAUAACAAGGGCCAGACACCACUUCACUUGGCCUGCAACUGGGACAGACCUCUCGUGUGGACUUGUCCAGGGUAUAGGCAUGAUAAAAGAUUUCCGGAAGAUAAGGCAGGGCUGGUGCAUGAUUAUUUUGACGACCCGCAACUGGUCAAACCAGUAGAGCUUCUACUAGGGCACAGCGGCAUAGACUUGAACGCCAGGGACGAGGACGGUAGGACGCCGCUACAUCUAGCCGCUGCUAAUGGAGAAACAAGGGUUGUCAAAAUGUUACUUUCACAGAGUGGCGUCGACAUCAACGCCCGGGACGACCAAGGGCAAACACCACUCCACCGGGCCGCAGCUCAGGGGUACCACGACUUUGUGGAAGCAUACAGCAUCAAAGAUUACUCCGACCGCACCUCCGCUUUGCGGCUUCUGUUGGCCGACGACCGCAUCGAAGUCAACGCCAGGGACAAGGAUGGACUGACGCCGCUGCAGCAAGCAGUUGCGUUUGGACAGCCCCAGUCGGUACAAGUCCUGCUUGCCGACGAUCGAGUUGACGCCAACUUCACGAGUGAAGCGGGAAACACUCUCGUCUCCUAUGCUGCAUUCUACGGGCGGAUGCUUAUAAUGGAAAUGCUGCUGGCCGACGUCCGCAUCGAUGCCUUAGGAAAGAACGAGUAUGGGACGACCGCAGUUCACUACGCGGCGUGUGAGGGGCACCACCAAAUAGUCAAGAGACUUCUGGCAGAUAAAAGGUUCGACAUCAACGCCAAGACUAUCUAUUCGGAGACCGCGCUUCACAUCGCCGCACGCGAAGGGAAGCCCGAAGUCGCCAAGGUUCUGCUGGCACACGGAGGUGCUGAUGUCAACGUCAAGAGCAACGAAGGCGGAACACCACUGAACUUGGCCGUGCACUAUUAUGCGAGGCCGGGAUGCUCCGAUAUUGCCCGGAUGCUGCUAGCGGAACCGAACACAGAUCCUUGUGUCACAUGGGGGAAGGGGUGGACGGCGCUGCACUCGGCUUCGUACAUUAGAAACUCAGAAAUCAUCAAGCUACUGAUCGACCUUGGAGCCGACGUCAACGCCCGCGACGACGACCAGGAGACGCCUCUGUACUGGCUGGUCGGAGGAGCAAUCGACGACCCUUGGAAAGGUCCUGUCCGAAAAGCAUUGUGCACCCUCCUGGAGGCUGGUGCGGAUCCCGAAGCCAAGGACGCAGAAGGCAAGACGCCAGCAGAGAUUAUCGCCUCUUUUGGAGGAGAAGAUGCCUUUGUAGAAGCUGUCGAGUCGGGGAGCAUCAAGAAAGACGGGGGAGAAGACUCCAAGGUGGCAGAAGAAACGGAAAUCAGCGUCGAAUCCGCCUAA